UGCAGGUGCAGGUGAUGUCAGUCAGAGUUGAAGAUUCUCACCUUGUUGCACAAAUGUUGUGUCACACAAGCUGCCUUCUAGAAGCUCCUUUGUCUUUUGUGUGGCAGAAAAAUGGAGUGAAUAUAAAGUAUGGACCCAAAGUAGAAGUCACCUUGUCACCUGGAGACUACAUCACCUGUGCUGCAGAACAAGAACAACAUAUCAGCAUCUCUCCUCCCCUGUAUGUUCUGAAAAGACCCUCAGUGUCUCUGAGUCAUGCUGGUGACAUAUUGGAGGGUCGUCCCCUGACACUGACCUGUGACAUCGACAACUUUGACAACUCCUCAGCAACAGUUGAUUACUGCUGGUCCAAUAAGAAGAAUGUGUUUUCAGAUGAUGAAGUCCUCAGUAAAGGUCGACAACUGGUCUUCAAGUCCUUCAAGUCUUCAGACUCAGCAGAGUAUUGGUGUACUGUGGAGAACCAGCUGGGGAAGAAGACAUCAGAACCCGUUCGCAUUGACGUCCAACGAAUGUCCUGGAGAACGAUAAACAUCAUCAGGCUGUUCUGUUCUGCUGUUGUGGUCGUGGGCAUCCUGAUCAUACUGACUCUGGAAUUCAGGACGACAACGUCUCCCUCAUCCACCGAGGAUCCAAAUGAGCUCGUCCAGCUUGCAGAGCAGCUGGAUGAUGGCGACUAUGACGAUAUUGAUGCAGAAGACACGCUGUGACGCCCAUCGUGACAAAGUUGUUUUAAAAUAGUCCUAUUUUCACUUCCUGUGUUGGAAUGUCUAACACUGAGAGAAAAGAAUAUGAAUACUUUACUUAUGCACAGACAAAGGAACAGAGGAUAACCCUCCGACCCACCGAGCAUGGCGUUAUAAUCGAUAAUAUAAUUGACAUUUGUGGUCUUACAGAAAUACAUGAACCCACACAUCGGAACGGCAAUACAUUUGAUCUGGUUCUGGUUCGGGGUGUUGCAACUUUUAAAGUACUUCUGUGCACCACAGUGAUGCCGACCCUUACCUCAUAAAAUUUGAAGUUCUGACCAGUUUUCAAUAUUCUGAUAAUAACCAAUGCUUUAGCAAUCGUAGAAUUAGUGUUGCUAAAACCACAACUCACUCUGGUACUCAAUAAUGGCAGCGUUCCACAAUGAUGUGGACUCUUAUCGAUAGACUUACCAACGACUUUAAUGUUUAAUGUUGACUUUAAUGCCAUUGAUAACUUAGCACCGCUAAAACUGAAAAAGGCCCCUAAAAGGCACACCCCCUGGUUCACAGUAGAAACCAGAGCUCUUAAACUAUCAUGCAAAAAGCUUAAACACAAAUAACGUGCGACUAAACUCGAGGUUUUCCAUCAAGCAUGGAGUGAUGAAUUAACAACUUAUUAACACACGCUUACCUUAACUAAAACUAAAUAUUACUCCAAUUUGACCUGCCUCAAAAGACAAGGUUCUAAAUAUUUGUUUAACACAGUAACAUCGCUAACUCAACAAAUGUUUAUUUUUCCCCAGUAGCUCCACCCACUCGGCUGAUGACUUUAUGAAUUUAAUGUACCAAUAAAAUUGAGUUCAUUUGGAAGUAGAUUAAGGACAAAAUGUCCCAGCUCCGACUAGGUUCUAUAAACGCAGAUACAAAUGUAUGCAACAGGGCAAAUGCUUUCCAAAAUAAUAUCUCAUCUUUUUGAAGAAGUAACGUCAGAAGAACUCUUGCGACUCGUUAAUAGGACAAAACAAACACCAUGUUGACUCGACCCACUUCCUGGGAAACACAUCAAGGAGCUGUUUGUAAAAUAAGGACCAUCAGUGCUAAAUAUUAUUAACUUGGCACUCUCCUCUGGUACUUUUCCCUUAGCAUUCAAAACAGAAGUUAUUCAUCCUUUGCUUAAAAGACUUAACCUCGAUUCUGACCUCCUGUUAAACUACUGGCCAGUGUCGCACCUCUCCUUUAUCUCUAAAAUCUUCCAAAAAAUUGUUGCAAAAACCGCUAAAUGAAUAAUUAUCGUUUAACAACCUUUGUGAACCAUGUUAGUCUGGGUGGACUACUCUUCAAUUCAUCAGUUUGUGAUGUCCCGGCAAUGUCGAUUAGUCUUCAUGCCAGGUGUUGUCUUCCCAAUGACCCGGGCUCUUACAUUAUCAUAAAUGUCACAAUUAAAUAAGUGUACUCACACGGCAUCCAUCGCAGCCGGUCACCCAGGAGGGCGGCCCCCCACAUAUGCGGUCCCUUCCCAAAGUUUCUUCUUUUUGUCAUCCAAGGCUUUUGGAGUUUUUCAGGGUUUUGGGAGUAUGGGUUCAGAUCUGCGGAUAUCAUAGUGUUUUUUGAAGUCCUUUGAGAGACUUAAGGGCUAUGACAGUAAUAAUUCAUUGGACAAACCGAGUCAAAAAACAAUGUCAUUGAAAUUAUCCGUUUUCCAUUUAUUGUAAUUGGACAGAAAGUGGAACAGGUUUCUUGACACCUAGAUGUAAAAGAGAAAUUGUUCUUUCCAAACUGCCGACUGCCUUGCUCUCCGCUAGCCGGGAACUUAGCUGCGGGGGUGGUGGGUGAGGUACAACAUUCAACCUAUCAAGAUUAAACUCAGAACCCACAGUUCAAAUGUAAAAAAAAAAAUCAUAUUUGAUGAGAAUGUAUUGUUUUGGUUAAAUUAGGUUAAAAAUAGAGUUGGGCAAUAUGGUAAAAAAAAAAGACAUAUUAAGAUAUGAUGUAUGUAUAUAAAUGAAAUCACUAUUUUGUCAUGUUUAAAUGUUAGAAUUGUUAGUAAGUUGACUGGGACACCGGCUGUUGUUGGUCCAGUCUGAAGCUAGCAGAGGUCCAGACCGAACUUCAGCUAGCUUCAGACAGGACCUCCUGCUGGCUACAGACUGAACAACCUACAGCCGACGUCCCGGAUGACUUCCGCCUUGGCCUACUAUCUUCAGAUUUUGGUGCUUUGUUUCCUGUUAAUUAUUGUUCAAAUUUGUCACUUUUGGGGUUUAAAUAAAUGUUUGUAUACAGUUAAAUGUUAGAAAAAGUGUGUAAAUUGUGUGUGAAUUAUCAAAAAACUUUCAGAUCUCUUUUAUUUAAUUGAGUAGUUGAGAGCUGUCCUUCUUCAACCAAGCAAGGUCUUGGGGAAUUCCGCUGUGUACAUUGGAAUGCGACGAGAGGGGUUUUCUUUUGUCCUCAAAGACCUGCCGAAGCCGAGACCAGGAGGAGCUCGGGCCCGAGGCAUCGUCUUUCUUUUGUCUUCAAUGUGACCGAAAACAAUGACUGUUUAUAUACUCCCCAUUCCUGUUUUGCCGAAGCUGAAACCAGGACGAGCCCAAGCCCGAGGCAUCGUCUUUCUUUUGUCUUCAAUGUGACCGAAAACAAUGACUGUUUAUAUACUCCCCAUUCCUGUUCUGCUGAGACCAGGACGAGGCCGGACCCGAGACAUCGUCUUCUUUUGUCUUCAAUGUGACCGACAACAGUGACUGUGUGUAUGCUCCCCAUUCCUGUUUUGACAUGUGUUGUUGCGUAAACAUUGAAUAUCUAAAUAAAAGAGGAGACGAAAACCUUUUCGUCAGAACUUGGUGCAGGAACUGUGCAAGGUGUACAGAGGCCAUGUCUCUCCUCAGAUCUGAGUCCAAAUUUAA